CACACGAAGAAGACGCAGAAGCGGAAGAGACGUGGCACAUAAACAGAGAGAGGAAGGAAUCAGCUAGCUAACUUUACUGAUGACAGCUUCUACAGCCGCUUUCCACGUGAAUUUGACAAGGAAGCUUAAAUGACAGUCGUUCAACAUAACCUGAAACGAACGGGACUUGAUUAAAGUUUGUUUGACAGGUGGCUAUGGGUCUCUGCAAGUGUCCGAAGAGAAAGGUGACCAAUUUAUUCUGCUUCGAACAUCGUGUAAAUGUGUGUGAGCAUUGCCUGGUCUCCAACCACAACAAGUGUAUCGUGCAGUCAUAUUUGCAAUGGCUCCAGGACAGCGAUUACAACCCCAACUGUACUCUGUGUAAUAAUCCUCUGAAUGCUCAAGACACCGUCAGGCUGGUCUGCUAUGAUGUGUUUCACUGGUCCUGUCUUAAUAACUUGGCCUCUCGGCUGCCCCUCCAUACGGCUCCAGCGGGAUACCAGUGUCCCACCUGUCAGGGUCCAGUGUUUCCCCCUUCAAACCUUGCCAGCCCAAUUGCUGAUGUGCUGAAAGAACAGCUGUCAUCUGUUAACUGGGCUAGAGCUGGUUUAGGGCUGCCGCUGAUUGAAGAGCCUAUUGGGGUGCUUGAGGAGACCACAGCUAAUGAUGUCACUGAUUAUACUAACUGGUCAACAUUUGAUGCACAAGAACAAAGUAACAUUUACCCCAGCCACUCUUACAACACCAGCCUCAGCCCAGCCCCAAAUUCUGUCUCACCUCCAGCACAGGAAGACCUUGGAGGUCCUCGUAAAAAUGUGGAUCCAAAUGUGCAGGAGCACUCUGUGGUCAACUUUACUACUGCCACUACCUGUGACACAGUUACACUACACACAGCAUCGUCGCCAAGAAAGAUCUACGACACACGGGACAUCGAUCACAGCUCUGCCACACGGAUUGACUUUGAUGAUGACAAGUACCGGAGACGACCAGCGUUAAGUUGGUUUGCUCAAAUUCUCAAAAAUCGCACAGGUGGAAAGCGGACCUCUCUGUCCUGGAAACAGCGGGUCUUCAUGCUCCUUGUGGUCGGAGUUCUGGGAUUCUUUACGUUGAUAAUCAUCAUGGCUAAACUUGGACGUGCCUCUGCUGGCUCUGACCCAAAUUUAGAUCCUCUUCUUAACCCUAACAUCCGCGUGGGGAAAAACUGAAAACAAGCAUCGUUUCCUUCUUUUCCUUUUGUGUUACACAAUAUAAGCCUGUGUAGAACAAUCUGAAAUGGGACUUUCUAAUACAUGGUUAGCCCAACAGAGGGAGCCGCUUACCCAACUUGAAUGGAAAAGAGAAAGCGACACUGCACCUGUGUUAGAAUGGUGGCAAUCUCUGGCUCCAUUCAUUUGCAUCAGUCAGUAGGGACAUGUCAGGGCCCCUUCGAAGACCAUAACAAAUCUCACAACAUUCAGAAGUUUCCUGUGGUUCAAGCAAAGCAACCGGCAAACUCCAAAGGUGACCAAGGCCCGGUGCAUAUAGACAUCUCUACAAUUCAGCUAACAUUUGUCAGUGAUCUUUGUAAGCUAAUUUUUUUCCAAGUUCAGUAGAAACUAAUUAAACACUGUUGAUGUUGAAAGAACAUCUUUAGCUGGCAGAAAAGUCAGAAUAUAUCUGGCCAGCAGCAAAACGUUCAGUAACGUCUCCAUGGUUAUAAUGAAGCGAUUCCCCUUGAUUUGAUUUGAGUGGCCUUGUGUGUUUCUCCUUUAGAGAAGAUGUGGCCCUCACAGCUGGAAUCAAAUAUACCCCACACAUGAUUAAUACAUAAGUAUUUAUGGGUGUUUGCAUUACUUCUGAAAUUGAGUGCAUUGCUUUUAGAUUUGUCAUACAUACUGUAUGUAAAUUGUUCUGUUUUUGACUGUCUAUUAAAUGGGGAAUACUACAGAA